AUGCUAAUCAUAAGGACACGCAGCAGUGUUCCACCUCCAAAUGUACGUGGUUCGACGGCUAUAUCGCAUGAUGACAUGCCACUGUUAUCAACACUGGCCGUCGACGCCAGCGACGAUUCCGAGCUGGGCGUGGCGUCGACCACCACCAAGCGUAGUUCACCGUUUGGAGGUGGAGCGACAAGAGUUGGCAGUCUGGCGAUGCGCGUCUUCGUUGUCAGCUUCCUUCUGUGGAUACGACCUACCGACUGCAGUUGGAUUUUUUCCGGAAUCCCUCCACAAGAACUCGACGAAGCCCGCGACAUAGGGAGGAAAGGUGAACGCAAGUUAAUGAAGAAUAAGAAGGAGGUGAAGGAUAGGAACAGGCAGAAGCCACAGCUGGACGUGUUGCUUAGGCUACAGUGGGAUGCAUCUGAGUGGCAGAUGAUAGCAGCUAACAUUGACGUGGUGAGAAACUCCUUCUACCUUGAUGGCCUUGAGCAGUGUAACGAUAUCGAUCGUAACUGGACGGAUCAUAUUCAGACUGAGGCUCUCAGGUAUGGUAAUGUAGAGAAUGCAGUUUGGCUGGAGAAGGCUGGCAUGAAAGAGUUCACAUCGCUGUUCAUGACAUUACCUCCA